AAAGGGUGGGGUUUGCUCAGACUGUCCUUCCUCUCUGGACUGUAAGAAUAUGUCUCCAGGGCCAGUGUCUGCUGCGAUCAAGUCCCACCUUCCAAGUCCUGGCAUCUCAAUGCACCUGGGAAGCUACCUGCAUUAAGUCAGGACUGAGGAAAUUGGGAACUGAAAGUUCAAUAUCUGCCUCAGUGGACUUCUGGCACCUGCAUUAUCCCUUCUGGGGAUAUCAAGAUCAACAGCUGCACAGAUACUUUUGCUUUUCACAGAUUCUACAUAUAUCUUAUAAAGGUGAAUAGUGUAAAGCUACCUCUACACCUUACCAAGCACACAGCACACAGGUGAGUUCCAGAAAGAAGCUAUGGCAGCAGUGAUUCUGGAGAGCAUCUUUCUGAAGCGAUCCCAGCAGAAAAAGAAGACAUCACCUCUAAACUUCAAGAAGCGCCUGUUUCUCUUGACCGUGCACAAACUCUCCUACUAUGAGUAUGACUUUGAACGUGGGAGAAGAGGCAGUAAGAAGGGUUCAAUAGAUGUUGAGAAGAUUACUUGCGUUGAAACAGUGGUUCCUGAAAAAAAUCCUCCUCCUGAAAGACAGAUUCCGAAAAGAGGUGAAGAGUCCAGUGAAAUGGAGCAAAUUUCAAUAAUUGAAAGGUUCCCUUAUCCCUUCCAGGUGGUAUAUGAUGAAGGGCCUCUCUACGUCUUCUCCCCAACUGAAGAACUAAGGAAGCGGUGGAUUCACCAGCUCAAAAAUGUAAUCCGGUACAACAGUGAUCUUGUUCAGAAAUACCACCCUUGCUUCUGGAUCGAUGGACAGUAUCUCUGCUGCUCUCAGACAGCCAAAAAUGCUAUGGGCUGCCAAAUUUUGGAGAACAGGAAUGGAAGCUUAAAACCUGGGAGUUCUCACCGGAAGACAAAAAAGCCUCUUCCCCCCACACCUGAGGAGGACCAGAUCUUGAAAAAGCCACUACCGCCUGAGCCAGCAGCAGCACCAGUCUCCACAAGUGAGCUGAAAAAGGUUGUGGCCCUUUAUGAUUACAUGCCAAUGAAUGCAAAUGACCUACAGCUGCGGAAGGGUGAUGAAUAUUUUAUCUUGGAGGAAAGCAACUUACCGUGGUGGCGUGCGCGAGAUAAAAAUGGGCAGGAAGGCUACAUCCCUAGUAACUAUGUCACUGAAGCAGAAGACUCCAUAGAAAUGUAUGAGUGGUAUUCCAAACACAUGACUCGGAGUCAGGCUGAGCAACUGCUGAAGCAAGAGGGGAAAGAAGGAGGUUUCAUUGUCAGAGACUCCAGCAAAGCUGGCAAAUACACAGUGUCUGUGUUUGCUAAAUCCACAGGGGACUCUCAAGGGGUGAUACGUCAUUAUGUUGUGUGUUCCACACCUCAGAGCCAGUAUUACCUGGCUGAGAAGCACCUUUUCAGCACCAUCCCUGAGCUCAUUAACUACCAUCAGCACAACUCUGCAGGACUCAUAUCCAGGCUCAAAUAUCCAGUGUCUCAACAAAACAAGAAUGCACCUUCCACUGCAGGCCUGGGAUAUGGAUCAUGGGAAAUUGAUCCAAAGGACCUGACCUUCUUGAAGGAGUUGGGGGCCGGACAAUUUGGGGUAGUGAAGUAUGGGAAAUGGAGAGGCCAGUAUGACGUGGCCAUCAAGAUGAUCAAAGAAGGCUCCAUGUCUGAAGAUGAAUUCAUUGAAGAAGCCAAAGUCAUGAUGAAUCUUUCCCAUGAGAAGCUGGUGCAGUUGUAUGGCGUCUGCACCAAGCAGCGCCCCAUCUUCAUCAUCACUGAGUACAUGGCCAAUGGCUGCCUCCUGAACUACCUGAGGGAGAUGCGCCACCGCUUCCAGACUCAGCAGCUGCUGGAAAUGUGCAAGGAUGUCUGUGAAGCCAUGGAAUACCUGGAGUCAAAGCAAUUCCUUCACCGAGACUUGGCAGCUCGAAACUGUUUGGUAAACGAUCGAGGAGUUGUUAAAGUAUCUGAUUUCGGCCUGUCCAGGUGAGUGUGCCUUUUUCUUCUUUCCCUUCAGAAGUAAAAAUAGCACAAUAUGAAACAUGGGUAGGUGUUAUAGUUUUAAUCUUCUCCUUUUCUUUUUUUAUCAUUCUAGUGUUUUCUGCCUAUCUUUCUAUUAUUUUUCUUCCUCUGAGUUACUUAAGCCACCUUUCAUCCUUUUGUUUUAUUGUCAUAUUCCUUUCCUCCCCUUUCUCCCUUUAUCUCUACCUCCUCUGUUUUUUAGCUAUUUCCCCAAUACCUUAUCUUGAUCUAUUAAUCCUGAUGACUUUAUUCCAUUCCACCUUCUUUCUUAAUCAGUCUAAUUCCCAGUGACAACUGCAGAUAAAAGGAAGGGAAAGAGAAGAGCAGAGAAAAGAAAGGUGGAUAGAGAAGAGGAAGGGAGUGCUUACUAGAUCUUAUUUCAUUUCAUUCUUCUUGUAACCAUAUUGUCAAUUAGGAAAGCCCAAUCAGAUACAACAACAGAAAAUUUGUUAAAAGUAACAUUUGUAGAAGAUACUAGUUGAGCAGGAGAGACUUUUAAGAAAGCCCCUAACUGUGUGUUUGUGACACUCUUGUGACCAUGCUAAGAAAAUGUACGCAAAUAACAAGCUCUCCAAA